ACACGGCUUAUGAUGCAGUGGUUACGGUGGGUGGUCUAUUGUGUGCUGUUGUUGCCGCUCGUACUCUGGUAUGGGAAGGGGAGGUUGGCCAAAGCCCUUGGGGACUACCUCGACCAAAGGUCUGAGUUACGCCGUAUCCUCGCCCGGCCAGUGAUUGCCGCCUUGCAGUUGUUGCGGAGGGUGUUAAAAGAGGCCGCAAGAUGGGCGCAGGGGGCGCAGGAACAAGAGCAGUUGUGGGAGCGAUGGGUUGAGGAGGGUUCGAAUAAUCGGCGAGGAUGAAGCGUGGUAACCUUCGCGCCCUUAUUUCCGCCUGUGG